CUCAGGUGAUAAGGAGGAGUGUCAAAGUGCGACUACGGAACAAAGUGACUCUACAGAGCAAACUGAAGAGAGUUUCUGGUAAAUUUCAGAUUCUGAAACAAGAAUGUCUCAAACGGUCUUACCCGUGAACUCUUCAACACUCAUCAUCCAGAUUCAACCACCAACACAAACAACACCAGCUGGGACUGGGACAAAUGCUCCUGUGCCUGUUUAUGUCCAACAGGUCACAGGAGUUUCUCCUCUUCAUGGACUUCAGGCAUUUCUGAAAGGCCAUCCAAAAGCCCUUGGGACUGUCCAGGUAAUGAUUGCUCUGUUGACUUUCCUGCUUGGAAUCGUGUCUACAGUUCAUGCGGAAUCCAUAACUGUCUUUACUGGUAUUCCUUACUGGGGGUCGCUCAUCUACAUUAUUGCAGGCUCACUCUGCAUUGCUGCCGAAAACAAACUUAAUUCACCCUCCGGUUUGUGUUUGGUGAAAGGUUCACUUGGAAUGAACAUUUUCAGUGCUUUAACUGCAGGCAUUGCAAUUAUUAUAAUUUCAUUUGAUUUGGCUAUAGGACCAGUGUACCAAAGUUACUGCAGAUAUGACUGUUAUGAUUUAGAGGAAAGGUAUAAGACCCUCUUCAGGGGAAUCAGUAGUGUUUGGCUGAUCUUUGCCUUGCUUGAGUUUAUCAUCUCCAUCUAUCUAUCAUCAUUUGCCUGUAAAGCCACCUCCUGCUGUUAUCCACAGGUGCCAUAUGUUGCGCAAGUUCUACCUCCACUGCCCUGUGGUUUUAGGCCCUGUCAUUUCCAUGAUCUUAAGAACCCAGAGAUAUCUGUGAUCAGCAACCCUUCCAUGAAUCACCAACCUGCAGAAAUUCCUCCACAAUACAGUGAAAUAUAA